GUCUUCUUUUCCCGAAACAAUUUUCUGUCAACAAACUGAAAAAGUCGAAGACGAAAAAAAUACGAAUUUCCUUUCGUAGUUCAAUAUUUCGCAUAAUUUUAGUUUACUGCUGUAUAUUAUCGUAAUAAAAUAAACGUUCAUCCAAAAUGAUGCAAGCGGAGUCAAAACCAGCCAAUUUGGAGCCGCGGUGCCGUCUGUGCUUGCAGUGUAUCCAAAUUGACGACGGACUCGACCGGUAUGUCGAUAUUUUUGCAGAGAAUGAAACCCUCUCUCUCAAGAUCCGGGACUGCGUCGGAGUGUUUGUUUCACCGGAGGACAGCAUCCGAACGGUGUGCACCAAUUGUCAGCAGACGAUUUGCUUGAUCGAUGACUUCCGGACGCUGUGUCGCCAAGCGGAAGAAAUUUACGAAUCGGUGAAGAUUGACUGUAAGGAUGGGAACAAUUGGGGACGCUAUCGUGAGCAUGUGGAUGAGCUGCGUUUGCUGGUACAGCAGCACAAGGAUGUGAUCAACGAGCAUAUGGUUGAGUAUGAGGUGGGUCUGGAGGGCGCUGAAAAGAAUUCGAUUUCCAAUGCCUUUGCUCCCAUAGUGGAAGUGAAGGAAGAACUGGAUUAUGAUGUAGAGUGGGAACCAGGGCCGAUGAUUGAAGAGUUCUUGGAAAUUAAACCUAAUAUAAAUUCAGGAUUGCUUAAGGAGGAACAGAAAAAUGAUGACAGUUCGGACGAAAAUGGCAGUGGAUAUGAUGAAUAUAGCAGGAGACUGUCCAUCGGAACAAAACUUGCCAUUGCUGAGGAAAUAAAGAAAAAUCAGAUCAUUUGGGACACGUCACUGGCAAGCUCGGCAAAAAUGAUCGAGAAAACAUGGAAAACUAUUGCCAGUAAGUUUGAAAUGGAUGAAAAGGUUAUCAAAAACCACUGGAGACAGCUUCAGGGCUUCUACCGGAUCAAUCGCAACCGCAAGCCAAAUAAUUCCCAGUCGAAUGUGAAAUUCUGCAAAUUGAUGGAAGUUUUGCAUUAUAUGAGAGGGCAGGAUAGCGACGAAGACAAUUCUGAUGAAUCUGAUACAGGGCAGAGAAAAUCUGGAAAGGAUGAGGAAAGCCCUCGAUCUGCUAGAUGCAGGAAAUCGUGUGAUAAUUCGGUGACCAGCUCGCGUCGGAGGCGGAAGUUGACGAAGAUGAUAUACGAUAACGAGAUUCUAUGGAAUCGGAAGCAUGCUGACUUUCCUAGUAACGCUUUGAAGGACGAUGUAUGGGACAGCAUUGCGAAGGAGAUGAAUGUGACACGAGAUAAGGUCAAGUAUGGGUGGAAAUGCUUGCGAGAUUUGUAUCGAGGCCGAAUUAAACGAGUUAUUCGAGGACAGUUAAACCGCGACGCUCAGAUUCUGCAAGAUCCACUCUUCAAAAUGUUGGACGAAAUGUGUGCCGAUAACAUGAGGAUCGGGUCAACUCCGACUGUUUCAAUAAAAACUUUAAUUCAACAUGAAUCAGAUUCCAAUGACGCUGACGAUGCAGUAGUAGAGAAUGAUCGUAACGAAAAUCCCAUUCCAAACGAGUCAGCGGAAGAAUCCGAAGAUGAGCUAGAAGGCGGGACCGAUAUCAAGCAAGAGAUCGAAUCAAACUCAAAUUAUGAAUUUCAAAUAACGUUUGCUCAAGAAGUGCUGACACUUUUGAAGAAUGAUAGUUCUACAUCUUCUUGUUUGUGGGAGCAGGCCGGCGUGAAUCUUGAACUGGAUUCGGACACCGCUAAGGCACAUUGGAAUGAAAUGAGACAGACUUAUAUGGAUAAUAUGAAUCGCCUCAGUAACGCCAGUCUCUUGACGCGUCUUAAACUGCAUAGCUGUUCAUUGUUUAUUCUUAUGAAUCUAAUUGUUCCCAAGCUAGAAGGAUUUGAACCGUAUAUUGUUCCAUUGGGUGAAGACAGUAUAAACGAGAGGAAGAAAUUACCAAUUGACAUUAGAGUUCCCCUCGUCAUGGAGAUUAAGAAGUAUCCGGAAAUUUGGAACCCAGCUAUGUCCAGUUCUUCGCACAUGGUGGAGUUAAUCUGGAGGAACAUCGGUGACAAGUUCCUAAUGGAUUUGGAUGUUGUUAGGUACCACUAUAAGGCGUUACAGGGUUUGCUGCGGUCCCACCGCAGACGAGAAAGAAAUGGGCUCAACAUUCGAUCGAACGCAGACAAAAGGUAUCGCAAGUUGAUUCAAAUGCUGCGAAGUAUGCGCUCAAAAGCUGGGAAUCAGGAUGAAGAUGAAGCACCUGACAGACAAAACGAUGAUCUGGAAGAGGAAGAUGCUGUGGAAGACACACCCGUUAAAAGCAAACCAAAAACUAAAUCGAAACAACUUUCUGGCGCGGCAUUCACUCGUGAUACUCAAAGAAUAGCAUUAGCUCGGUUUGUAUACAAGCACCCAUACCUUUGGGACAAGAAACAUGCAGAUUUCAAUAACUGUAUCUUAAAGGAUAAAAAAUGGGACGUCAUUGCUGCCCGAAUGGAAGUCACACGGGAUGAGAUCAAAUAUGCGUGGAAGUGUUUACGGGAUUUGUACCGCAGUCGACUGAAACGCGUUAUCAGCGGCAAAUUAUCCACCACUGCUCCGCUAUUGCGAGAUCCACUUUUUAAACUGUUGGACGUGAUGUGUUCGGAUAAUAUGAAGAUUGGCUCAACUCCAGUGGCAAUAAAAAGCUUACUAUCACAUGAAUCGGAAUCGAACGAUAUCAUGGAUGAGUCCACAGAGGAAGGAUUUGUCGUUCCUACUUGUAUUAUAGAAGAACCGGAUGUAGAGUCAGAUGAAGAGAUUGAAUAUGAAAUCGAUAUCAAGCAAGAGCAGAUUGAACCAACCGCGAGACCUUCUUCCUCAAACUAUGAUCUCCAUGUUACGUUUGCUCAACUAGUGCUGGAACUUAUAAAUCAAAAUACUUCCAGUUCUACCAGUUCUGCUUGCUUGUGGAAGAAAGCGGGUGAAAUACUGGAACUGGAUCCUGCCACCGCAAAAGCCCGCUGGAACGUCAUGAAGCAGAACUAUAUGGACAACAGAACUCGUCUCAUCAAAGGUGAUCUAAUGACGCGGCUGCGGUUGGACAAAUGUUCAUUGUUCAACCUCAUGAAUCAGAUUGUUCCGAUACUUGAAGAUUUGGAGCCGUAUGUGGCCCCGCCAGAGGAAAUCAAUUUGGUGGAAAGGAGAAAACUACCGAUUGGACUCAAAAUUGCCAUCGCCACGGAGGUUCAAAAGUAUCCGGAAAUUUGGAACCCAACGUUGGCUUGCUCCUCCAAUAAGGCGGAAACGAUCUGGAACAUUAUUGGAGUCAAAUUUGAAAUGGAUAAAGAUAUCGUGCGGAACCAUUUCAAAACGAUGCAGGGUUUACUUCGAAAUCACCGCCGACGAGAAAGUGAAGGACUCAUCGUUGAAGCGAACGUUGACAAGAAGUACCGCAAAUUGAUAGAAAUACUGGAAAGUAUGAGCGUACGUAAUAGUGACCAGAACGAAGCAACAAAUGAAGAGGAGCAUCAAGACGAUUCAGAAGAGGACAGGGCCACAGUUGGAUCACGAAAAAUGCCAAACAAAGCGAUUGGCAUGGCCUGUACUAGCAGUUCCAAAAGAAUGCAAUUGGCUCAGUUUGUACACCGGCACGAGUAUCUUUGGAACCAGAAACAUCCAGACUUUGGCAAUUGCGUGCUCAAGGACCAGAAAUGGGAUGUGAUAGCUGCCAGAAUGAAAAUAACACGCGAGGAAGUCAAAUAUGCGUGGAAGUGUUUGCGCGAUUUGUACCGCGGUCGAAUGAAACGUGUAUUCAGCGGGAAAUUGGCCACCACUGCUCCGCUUCUAAGGGAUCCACUUUUCAAACUGCUGGACGAAAUGUGCACUGAUAAUAUGAAAUUCGGCUCACAUUUGGCGAUCACCAGUGCCAAAUCGCAAAUAGUAGAACACGAGAAGGAGUUGGAGUCCAACGAAGCUUUGGAAGACAAUGAUGAAUUUUCCGUCAAGUUUGAUAAGGCUGUCAAGUUGAAGCUCAUAAGUUUGGUAGAGCAGCAUUCUAUUCUUUGGGAUAGCGAACACGCUGAACACCUAAACUUAGAGAAACGAGAUCAAAUCUGGGAGACCAUCGCGGAGCAAAUGAAUUUCACCAAGGCCACGGUUAAAGCUUUGUGGACUCGCUUGAGAAACGUCUAUCGUGGUCGAACAUUGCGAUCGAUGAAAGGGUUGAUGCGCCAGAACAAUCCACUGCUGCGCGAGCCGGUUUACGUGAGGUUACGUGCAUUACUCGAUGGGCACAUGCAGCUGGGAAAAUUUAGCGCCAAAGCCAUCGCAAAACCUUUGUGCUAUCAAAAACGUAAGGAGAAAGAAGUCAACCUGGAUAUUGAAUCGGGACCAUUUCCAACAUUGGAAGCCAAGGUCCAAUUUGUGCAGGAGGUGAUCAAACAUGAGCUACUGUGGAACAGUAGUCACGCUGACUAUUUCAAAUCAGAGAUGCGUGGUGCCGCUUGGACGCAGAUUGCAGGCAUGUUCGAAAACUGCGAAGUGAACGAUGCCAAAUCUAUGUGGCGCCGUUUGCGCAACAAGCAUCGCCCACGAAGGCCUCGCAACGUUUUCAAAAACAUGGCCCAUACCUUCAACAACGAUGACGAAGAAGAACUCAACGAGGAAAUUAAGGAUCCAUUGUACGAACUAUUUUCCAAAAUGGCGGAGAGUUUGACCGGCGGUAGUGCUUUCGGUGAUCCCACGAUUGAUGGAGUGGAUGGCGAACCAUCGCAAAAGCGUCCCAGAGUUGCAAAGCGACGACUGCAAGAAGUUACGGAGGCAUUCAUGACCCACAAACGGCGAUUCACAGGGAAAAAGUUCUUUGAUGACGAAGGUUGCAUCAAAGUUAAAAAGGGAGGCACCGUUCGGUACGAGAAAAUCUGCGAAUUGUGCGGAAAAAGUAUAGAACGAUCUUUGUUCGAAUACCACAUGAACCAACACAACGGUAUAAGGCCUUACGAAUGUGCGUUUGAAGGCUGUGGCAAACAGUACAGUAACAAAAUUACACGUGAUCGUCACGAAAUCUUGAUCCAUCACGAGGAUAAUUACAAAUACAACUGCGAUCAAUGCGAUGAGAGGUUUAAAUAUCGAAGUACCUUCGAUUACCACUACGCAGUCAAACACGAGAGUCAGAUGGUUCCUUGUCCAGUGUGCGGAAAACUCCUGAAGCACAAGUCUCUUAUUCGCGAGCACGUGAGACGACAUACCGGCCACUUUCCGUGCCCUGUCUGCGGCAAGAUAUUGCAGAAGAAGUAUUCUCUUGAUGUGCACAUGCGGACCCACACCAACGUGAAACCGUACGCAUGUGACAUGUGCGGUCAGCGUUUCAUGUUGAAAGUACAACUGAAGACCCAUCUGGCGAAGGUUCACCAAAUGGAGUGGGAAGUAUUUGUAGCAACGUACGGCGACAAAAACGGACAACCGUGAAAAAAUGUUUUUUUUCUUCACAUUUCUAAGAAUUCCAAAGAUCUGUUGAUCUGCUAUUUAUAUGUAGCUAUUACUUAUUGAUGCUUAAUAAUAUUCAUUAAAAUACAACAGAAUAAAAAUACGAAUCAAUAAAUAUGUUAAAAGAAUACAA